CAAAGUUCAGUUGUGUAAUUUCUUCGCUGAGUUUAGUCAAAGACGUUCGUGAGUGCGGUAGCGGUUGACCGUAGAUUGCAAAUUAAAGCAAAGCAAAGCAAAUCAAAUUAAACACUAGUUGGUUGUAUUUGGCGUGGCGCGAGGGUUGCAAAAAAAAUUAUUGCAAAAGCCAGAAAAAAAAUAUACUUUGCUCAAAGUGUUCAUUAAACAAAAAUAGUGUUAACAAAGUUAUUUUAAUGCGAAUAUUUUAUGUGUGUGCGCUUGAGUAUAACUGUAAUUGAAGCACGCCGUGUUGCGCCGCAACUUGCCGACAAAACGGGGAUGAAGGUGAAGGUGAAGGGAGUGCUGAGCCACCCUCAACUUGCUUGCAGACCUUAAAUAAACUUUUAGUCAGAGUGCAAAAAAAAAAAAAGAAAAAGAAAUCGAAACGAACAGAACGUUUUUAGUUUUUUCGCGAAAGCCGCGGGCGUGAAACAAACGUGAGAAAAGCAGCGAAAAAAGUUGUGGGAGCCAAGUCAAGCUGCGCUGCCUUGCAACGGGACCUUACUCGUUUUUGUUUUCACCGUGUUAAUUUGUCGUGCAUUUGCAGUGGAAGAGAAAGGAAGAAAGAAAGAGAAAAAACAAACGUGAAAAAGUUUUUGUUUGCUGUGCUGAGAACUGAGAGCGUUGCAAUGACAGACGGUGUUGGCUCAUGCAACUAAGAGGAUUUCACGUUGAAAGGAUUUAUUUCGGGCGUGUGUCUCUGUGUACGUAUUUUCCAGCAGCGUCGGGGCAGGGGCGUGGCAACUAACUUAACAGCUAACUAAAUAGUGUCGCGUUGUGCUCAGAGCAUGUGUUAGAGGCAGAUGAGUGAACUGUGAGCUGUAGCUGUAGCUGUAGCAGAGUUUGUGAAAGACUUGAGCAGCACACAAAUUAAAUAUAUAAAGCUAGAGAGUGAGAGGCAGACAGAGAGAAAGAAAGAGAGAGGGGCGCCGUUGUUGUGCGAGGCGGCGGAGUAGAAGGUAUGCAAAUAAACGGUGUUGCUAACGGACCCACAAUGGCCGCAUCAGAGCCACCAGAGCCGCCGCCACGCAAUCCGGAUCGCAUAAAUGCCUCGUUGCACAAACUAGGCGAAUCUAAAAUUGUUAAAUCGCUGGACUCGAGCAACGCGAUUGUGCCGGCGCCAUUGCUAAAAGAUAAAACACUGAACAGCAGCAGCAACAACAACAAGCCCAUAAGGCCGCUGCUCUCGCUGGACAGCAGCAGCAGCAGUAGCAACAACAUUCCAACAACAACAACAGCAGUGCUGCAUAAGCAACCGAGUUUGCUGUUGGGCAAUAAACGAGAUCUAACGCCUUCGGACUGCAGCAGCGCCUCGCCAGCCAGUUCGAAUGGCAGCAAUCAAACGCUCACACCACCCAUGACCAUCGAUAACCAGCCACGUCUGGCCGCCAAGGGCGACACAUCACCAUCACCAGGAGCUGCCACAGCAAUAACAGCGUCCUCGACAACAACAACAACAAAUCCAGUUCCGCAAUUAAUGAAUGGUCAGGCGAAUACCAUAUCGACAGCCGCAAUGAUUCAUGCGAAUAACUCAAAUUUGAUUGCUGCUGCAUCAAGUCACAUGGCCACAGCAGCUCCAGCAGCAACAGCAACAGCAACAACUACAAGCAGCAAUCAAUUCAAUGCCGUUGACAAGCGCAAUGCCAACGAUGUUUGCUCCUCAUUUGGUAAAUUAAUGGAACCGGAGCUGGGUGCCGCCUCAUUACCCAUGGCAACAGCAAAGACAAUGAAAAUCAAAUCCACAUCGCCAUUGAAUGUGCCCUCCUCCAACGCAGCGAGCUCGCUCUCGCUCACGCUCUCACCCUCGCCCUCGCCCACAUCCGCUGCAAGUGCAGCGCUCUUGAUGCUGGAGACCAACAAGCUGGCCAGCCAGCCAGAUGGCAAUCGCAACGACGAGUCAAAGUUUAGCAGCCGUGCAGAGCCGCACAUGAAGCUGCGUGAGGAGAACGAUCGUUUGAAUGCGGAGCUGCUGCGAAUGCGACGUUUGCUAGAACACUCGACAGAGGGCGCUGUUGGUGGCGUCGACUACCAUGCGGAGCAGGCAGCUGGCGGCGAUGUGACUGCUACGCAGGAGCGCGUGGAGCGCCUGGAGUCGGAGCUGCGCACAGUGAAGAAUCAGCUGCUCACUAUGCGGCUGGAGCGCAAGAAGCUGCGCACCGACAAGUCCGAUCUGCUGGGUCAGGUGAAGCAGCUGUGCGCCUCCCUGCAGGAGAAGGAGCAGGAGCUGCGCGACUUCAUACGCAACUUCCAGGAGCGUGUGCGUGAAACGGAAACCAAUAAUGCCAAAUUGUCUGGCGAUCGUGAUCGCGAGCGCUUCCAGCUGCUGAAGCAGGCGCGCGAUGAGGCGGAGCGCUCACUGGCGCUGGCACAGCAGCUGUCGGCGCGAGACUUGCAGCUGCAGCGACUGCAGGAGCAGCUACAAGAGGCGCGUCGUCAGCUCAGCGGUUGCCUCUCCGAUCAGGAGAGCUUGCAUUCCUUCGCUCCACUGACUCCGCCCUCGGCUGCUUCGGGCAUGUUGGGUCAGCUGGCAGGCGGUGCGGGCAUGUCUGGCGCUUUGGGCGGUCUGCGCACUGCUGAUGACAGUGGGCGUGGCAAUUCGCUGUCUGCAUUUAGUGGCAGCUUAAGCGGCGGCUCCGGCGCCACCGUGGGCGAUCGCAACAGCUGCUCCAACGACUCCGGACUGCGCAACAGCAGCGACCGCGAGAGCACUGGCGGCGAGCUCAACUUUAGCGACGGCACCUGCGACAACGGACCCUGCAUCACCGUCGACCCGGACAGCAUCUCCCUAGUCUCCAGCCAGAAUAUGUAUCAAUUUGGCACACCCAAGGAGCGCAGUCCCACUUUGUCGCCACUUAACUCCGGCGCCUACUCCAGAUCGGUGGAGCAGCUUUCGCCAGAUGGCGACGGACCUGGUGGCGCGAUGAAUCGCAAGUUUGGCCAGAAGAGCGGCGGUCUGGGCGCACGCAAUGGGCGUGGCGGCACCUGGGGCAGCAUUUCGCGCGUCUUUGCGCGCUCGCGCAACAAGAGCAAGGCGCUCUCCGCCGACGGCGGCGCUGGCAUGAGCGAGUACUCGGACUUUUCAUGGAAUCCACUGUCCGAGGAGGGCUAUGCCGAGAAGCUGCGACUGCUGCGCGAGGCGUCGCAGCUGCCCAUUGAGCGCUGGCGCGCCUGCCAGGUGCUGGCCUGGCUGGAGGUAGCGCUGGGCAUGCCGCAGUACAGCGCACGCUGCGCGGAGAAUGUGAAGAGUGGCAAGGUGCUGCUGGAGCUGAACGAUGUGGAGCUGGAGGCGGGCCUGGGACUGGUGCAUCCCAUGCAUCGCAAGAAGCUGCGUCUGGCCAUCGAGGAGCAGCGACGUCCGGAGCUGGUGCGCUAUCCACUGAUCACACAGCUCGGACACAGCUGGGUGGCCAAUGAGUGGCUGCCGGACAUUGGAUUGCCGCAGUAUGCGGAGCCGUUUCUGCAGUCGCUGGUGGAUGCGCGCAUGCUGGACACGCUGUCCAAAAAGGAGCUGGAGAAGUUUCUGGGCGUGACGCGCAAGUUCCAUCAGGCGAGCAUAGUGCAUGGCAUCCACGUGUUGCGUAUAGUGAAGUACGACCGCCAGACGCUGGCGAUGCGGCGCGUGCAAUCGGAGACGGUUGACACUGAUCCCAUUGUGUGGACAAAUCAACGCUUUAUACGCUGGGUGCGCACCAUUGACCUGGGCGAGUAUGCGGAUAAUCUGAAGGAUAGCGGCGUGCAUGGCGGUCUUGUGGUGUUGGAGCCAUCAUUUUCGGGCGAUACCAUGGCCACAGCACUGGGCAUACCGCCAUCAAAGAACAUAAUACGACGACAUUUGAGCACUGAAUUCGAUGCCCUCAUCCUGCCCGCUAGAGCAACUUUGGGUCAAGGCAUACGCUCCGGUUGCGGCAUUGUGCCUUUAACUGGACCCGGCGGACUUCAGCAUUAUGCCACCACAGAUCGGCGAUCAAGUGGCAGCCUGCGGAUUUCGGCAUGGAAAGGAUCUCAGAGCUCUUUAUCAAAAGCCUUUCGCUUUAAUUCAAAACCCCAUCGGGCCGGCGAUCGGAGCUCCUUCGGUAACUCCACCUCCCCAACGCCAUCGUACAGCAGCAGCGAGGGCGGCGGAGGAAUUUACGCUACAAUAGGUCCGCAACAGAUGCAGUCGCUGCACUAUCCAGCCCAUCACUAUCUGCCGCCACCCACAAGCGCACCGCCACCACCACCCAUGUCCGGUGGUCCGCCACCGCCAGGACAUCGUGUAAGCGCACCGCCCGUGGGCAGUGUGCUAGAUCCCAACGGUCCGGAUGCGCAUUUGCUGUACGAACAGAAUCGCAGGCGUGUGAAGAGCAUCAACGACAUUGGGCUGGCAGCUAGCGGCAGCGUGGGCACCAGCAGUCUGGGUGGUAUAUCCGCCACAUCGGACUCGCCAGAGUAAGCAGCUAAUCUUCCUUUCAUGUCUGAGCUUCUAUUCCAAAGUAUUUAGUUAGGCUUAAAUUGAGUAAAGCUUAGUCUAAUUGUAUAUUUACUAAACGUAUUAAACCAAAUUUAAUCAAUUACACUCAACACAUGACCCACCUCAAUGAUAUUACCAGCAAUACUUGUGUAUCCAUGAGAUACAAUACACACACAUAAACACACACACACACAUACAUAUAUACUCGAGAGUGAAGAUACAAAUAUAUUACUAAGCAUAUUUGAUUAAAUCAGAUUGUACUAAAUUACUGACAAAAUAUUGAAUAACAAUUAAUGUAAUAGUAAUUAAUUAUUUAUGUAUCUAGACUAAGAGUGACGUGCAUGCAAUUAAGCCGAAAGAGUAGUUUAAUUAAUUUAAUUUAAUACAGACAAAAAGCUGCAAACAAUUUAACAUAAUUCGCUUAAUAAAUGCGACAACAUAUUUAUCGUUAAGUUAAUUUAAAAUUCAACUCAUUUAAUAAACCGAAACUGAUUGCCGCGCAAUAAAUUUAAAUGUCAGCAAAUUUAAAUUUUCGAAAAGGCAAUUACGUUUCACUGUAAUUGUCAUUUAGAUAAAUUGAAAUUAUAUUUUGCAAACUAAACUAACUAACUAGUGUAGCUAAGCGAAUAUACAUAGGCUAUUUGAUUUUAAGGCUUAAUUUGCCCUGCAAUAAAUAAGCUAAACCAAAACUAAUGAGGUAAGCAAAUCAAAUGCAUGCCACAGUAAUAGUCAAAAUAUCUAUUUAACUCAAGUCCCUUCUAUUAUUUUGUAUUCCUGUAGCAUAUACAUACAUAUAUUGUAUCAAUAAUAUGAGAUGUUUAUAACUAAGCAGACCAAUUUAACUCUAGUAUUACGAAACAGUUUCAACUGACGAAUAAAAACCAAUGAU